AUGGUGGGCUUUCCUCCGUCGCUGCCAUCUCAGAACGUCAUGAAACUCAUUAAACACCAGAUCAUCGAUAGGGACACCAGAGACGUCAGGGGUAUCCUAGCACUGGAUCUUGAAAACGCCUUCGAUAAAAUUUCCCAUAGGCACAUCCUCGAUUCUGUUACGGAGAUGGACCUUGGAUCCAAGAUUCACGGGUCCGUCCGUUCGUUCCUUCGGGGCAGGCGCGCCACUCUCAAGGUGGGCGAGGUAAAGUCUGAUCCCUUCGAGCUGGGGGCAAGGGGCACCCCUCAGCCGUCGUUCAUCUCGCAACUUCACUUCAAUGUCGCCAUGCGUGGUCUCUCAGCCCGUCUGUCCGAAGUGGACGGCGUUAAUCACGCUCUUUACGCCGACGACAUCACGGUACGGUGCGAUGGCGGCAGUGAAGGCAGAGUCGAGGAAUCCCUACAGGCGGCCCUGAGCUGCACGGAGGAUUUCUUGGCGGGCACGGGGCUCCGGCUCUCCCCGUCCAAGUCCGAACUCCUUUUGUAUAGACCGACCAGGGACCAUCCAGCUGACGACCCGGAUUGCAAAGUUCGUCGUACCGCGGACAAGGCAGUGUGGCAGGCCGUGCGCCUGAAGAAACUGCAGCUCAGGGAGGAGGAGGAGCGGAGCGCUGCCCAGGAUAAACCCAAGAAGGUCACCAUCGAGAUCCCUUCCACCAGCCAGAGCAGAAUCAAGAGCCGAAGCAAGUCCCGAAUAGAGCCCUGA